GGGAUGGAGAGUUCAGGAUGCCGGGAGGGGCGAGCCUGGUGGGGAGGAGCAGAGAAGGAAGUGGUGCUGGACCCAUCAGGAGCUCCGGACAGAGGGAGUGGGAGGGGGAGGACUAGCUGAGGGAGGGCUGUGAGCGAGGCAGGGGAGGUGCCGGGGCUGGGUUUCUAUUGAGCAGGGGGACCUUCUGGGCUGCUGUAAUUUCACUUUCCCAGAAAAUGAAACUGAAGCAGGGCUGUGGUCACAUGACAGGUGGCUCGCUAUAUAGCCGGCUGCCGCGGGACUCUUGCUCUUGCUUCCAGGUCUGCAGGGGCCUGCCGGCCUCCUGAAGCCCCCUGCCCGGAGGUAUGGAGUGUCCUUCGUGCCGGCAUGUUUCCAAAGAGGAAGCCCCCAGGUUCUGCAGCCAGUGUGGACAGAGGCUGCCUCCUGCAGCCCCCGCCCCAGACUGGUCUAAGGAUUCAACUGAUAUAAGAUCACCAGGAGAAACACAAACUAGCUUAAGGAUGUAUGUAGCUCCUGUGUAUGUGGGAGAGACCCAGGAAGACUGAGUAACUCCGCAAAGGCCAAAGCCACCCCCUUAUUUUACCAUCUUGAGCUAAAGGCAAAAGAGAUGCUGGGGGUGGGGAGUCACGUAUGGGAGCUGACCUGGAAAAGCACAGUAAAGCAGGAUUCUGAGAAGAACCACUCCGUGACGUCGGCCCCGGAGGCAGAAAUGGAGUGUGGACAAGAGCUGAAGGAGGAAGGCGGCCCCAAGGUGACGUCUGCCCCGCAGGCAGAAAUGGAGUGUGGACAAGAGCUGAAGGAGGAUGGCAGCUCCUUCUUGUCCUCAGGCUCAAGUGAUCGGCAGGAAAAUGCGGACGAGCCCUGUUCUGAUGCCUCCUGGACGGUGCAGAGAGGAGUUGCGUCAGACGUUCUGGUAGAUUUGGCCGACUGCACAUCCGAUGAGCCGGAGGCUGCUAGUUACACGCCCAACAAAAGAAGAAAGGCGGAUGCAUCCCUGUUUGAGGUCACUGACGUGUUCUCUCCAGACCUCGAGCAGAGCAAAAGAAAGAAUCGGAAGAGGAAGAAGAAUCAGAAGACUGCCACUCCCGCGGAUCCGGGCUCCUUGGUCCCCUGCAGUCUGACUUCUCUGGGGGACCCUGGGCCCCAGGACGCAGCCCCGCCCCAGCAUGGAGCUCAGCGGAACGGGCCGACCAGCCAGCCGAGCCAGCCUCCUGGUGCGGGCAUGACGCCCCCAGAGGGCGGUGGCCGCAGAGAGCCCGCUGCGCCCGCUGAGGUUGGUGGCAGCUCUCUUCAGGGCCAGGCCGCAGGAGGAGCAGAAACAGCUGCGGGAGGAGAGUCUCCGGGCAGCCUGGCGCCCCAGGACCAGCAGACACAGGGAGGUGCCCUCCCGGAAGGGAAGGGUCACCACACCCCCGACCCCUCCAAGGACGGAGGCCUCCCCCAGGAGGGGGCCGGCCCAACUACCUCUGCUGGUGAAGGACGUCCUGGGAAGGAAGACGCUGCCCAGGAGCCUCAGCCCGCUGGGCAGCAGGCUGCGGCCCCCACCUCUGGGGCGGUUGAUGCUGCAGCCAAGCCAGCUAGUCCAGGGAAAGAGGCUGGGAAAGAAGUUAAAAAUGAGACCCAGAAAACAAAACAGCCACCAGCAAGCACGUCUGCUUCUCUAGAAAACCGCCAGGAAGCUGAAACCAAGGACAAGACAGGUGUUACUGGAAAGAAAGUGAGUGAAACAGAAAAAGCCAAGCCAGAGGCCCCGAAGAAACCAGAAAGAAAUUAUGCAGCUGCUGUGAAAAAUGAGGAGCAGAGAAAUCCGAAAGCUGGCGCACAUGAAGUUAAGGAAAGCCCGCUGAGUCCCGAGGAAGGAGUCACCGUGUACUUCCAUGCAAUCAUUUCUAAACAUUUCAAGUUCAACCCCAACCACGACAGAGUAUUCAUCAGGGGAGGAGAAGAAUUUGGGAAUCCCAAAUGGAGUCGUGAUGUCUGUGAGAUGUGCUACACCAAGGAUUUAGGUGACGAUGGGUCCCUCAUUGAAGGCAGAGCUGUCCUUUCCAGGCAGCACCUGGACAAACCGAUUCCUUACAAGUAUGUCGUUGCACAUGGCAAGGGGCCUGUUGAGUAUGAAUUCAUCUACAAACAGCAGCAGAAGGGAAGCGAGCAUGUCAACCGCUGUCUGUGUGUCAAAUCCUCGCUCCUGUGCUCCGGAGACUGGCAUCAGUACGAUGAUAUAAUUUGUAUGAAGCCCCCUGGGAGUCUUCAGAAACUCUGGGACCACUUCACAGAUGGUACACGCAAAGACUUGGUGAGAGGGAAGAAGAUCGCUGCCAGAGUCAUGCUGGACAGCAUCUUCAGCAUCCUCCAGACCUGGAAUGCCAUCAAUUUAAAGAACUUUUUCAACCAGUUUCAGCAGUUUUAUUCUGUGGUUCGUGUGCCCAUGAUCUAUGAAGGACGGGCACAGCCGUGGACCGCUCUGCAGUACACAGAGAAGGAGGUGCAGAGAGACCUGUGGGAGGAUUUGAAAAGACGAAUGGCACCAUUUCUGGAAAGAAGAGAGGCCCCUCUGCCUAAAGACUGCCCAGUGAGGAAUAACUUGAGAAUGGGCCUAAUUGUCCUUUUCUCUGUGGAAAAAUUUAACCUGCCCUUAUUGGAAGAUGACCUGGCCUCGCUGUGUAACCUCCUUUGCUCCAAUGCCAAUUCACCAGACGCCCUUCGCAACGACCUAAACCACAUCUUUGGAACAUCUCAGAGCUGGCGAACGCACUUGGUAAACCUGUGCCGAAGGUGCGUGAGCAGAGACCUCAGCCUCUGGGUGUGCACACUGCCUGUGCUGCACCACUGCAUGGAGCUGGCGCCUCGAGGAAAGGACGCCACCAUUCAGCCCGAGGACACCUGGGCGGCCCUCGAGGGAAUUUCCUUCUCAGAGUUUCGGGAAAAAAGACCAGAUCGGAAAGAGCUGCUUCAGCUCAUGGAGAGGAGACAGCAUCUGCUGAACGUCGAUGAGUGUCUGUUCCGAUCCUGGUUCAGCUUGCUCCCUCUGAGUGAUCUGGUUCACUAUAUGGAAGACGUCACCGACUACCUGAGUCGCUUUCCUCCUCGUGUCCUGGACUGUCUUGUAGGCACUUACUACCGUGUUCAAGGACUUAGGGAGAUCUCCCACAGAAACCUGGAGGAUGUUGAGAAAACGUUUAAAAUGCUGUUGCACCUCCUGGAUAUUUAUCAGGACAAGAUUCUUGAGGAGCCUUUGAUACAGUCCUACUUGACUGUGUGCCUGAAACUCCAUGAAACUAUCUGCAGAAUCACAAAAGACGAAAAGUUUUAUGAGAUGCCUGCCUUAUCUGCUGAGAUUGUUUGCAGAAUUAUUAUACUUAAACCUCUAGUGGAGUCAGCAAAAGGGCAGGAACAAGAAACUGGAAAGAAGAAUUCAGUAGAAACAGUCUUCCAGAGCACUCUCACUGCUACUAGAAACUGGCUUCAGAGAAUUUUUAAAAAGAACAUGUUCCAGUACUCAUGUUUUUCCCCUGGCAUUGUCAGUUUCGCUUAUGCAGAGGAAAUCAAGGUCUGGAGGCGGCUGGUGGAAAUACCCUUCGCUGGGGAGCAUGUCUGGAAGAAGUCCUUGCUGGGGGACAUGGAAGCGAGGCUCAAGCAGGAGAAGCCUCUCUCACAGAUCUCUGCCUUCUGCAACACCGCCUGGGAUGCUGCAGGCUCAGAAGACAGUGUGUCGAAAUGCUUUGAGAAGUGUGUCAUUGAAGCUGUGAGCUCGGCGUGCCAGUCUCAGACCAGUAUCCUUGAGGGAAUCUCGUAUCGUGACCUGCGGAAAUUUGGCACCCUUGUGUCCGCCGUGAUCACUAAGUCAUGGCCGAGAAACAACGGCGAAGCUGUGGAUGACCUGGAUGAGGUUUUAAAGCACCUGCUCACGUGGCCAGACAUCAGGCAGCUCUUCAAAUUGUACGGAACCGAUGAGAAGAUAUUAGCAAAUAUUACAGAGGAAGGCAAGAAGUUGAUGGCUACUGCUGACUCUGUGUUCACAAAAGUUACCGAGGACCUCCUGAACAGAACGAUCUUAGUCGGACAGCUGGAGCUGAUCAUGAAGCAUAGGAGUCAAUUUCUCAAAAUCUGGCAAUUAAAGAGAAAAAAUCUUUCUCCCCAGGAGAAACGCUAUGCUAUGGAGGAAGUGCUGGAUAGGAGAGAGAAUGAACUAAUAUCUCUAAAGAAAGAUAAGAGAUAUGUCGACAGUCUCCUGAAGCUGUGUGGAAAGGUGAAAGACCGGAUCAAAGUGGAUUUUGGAGAGAUCGAAGAAAGACAUUUGGAAGAUCUCAGCAGUAAAAGAUUGAACGAAGCUGUGACACCGAGGGUGUCCCUCACCUCAGACUUGGAGUGGACAACACAUUACAACCUGAGCCCCCAAGUCGUAGAAAUGGCCAGAAUGAUAGACUUGCUACAGGACAGCCACAUCUUCCAGAUGUUCUGGGCAGAAGCCGCAGAGUCGCUGAGCGAGCCUGUGGAGGAGUCGGAGAGGCAAAUACUUCAGCUUGAAGAGGCGUAUGAAGAUUUGUAUCAUCCUUGUAUUGAAAAGUUUACUAAACUGUAUCACGAUCUGAAGUCAGGAGAGGUCACCUUUGGGGAAAUUGAUGCCGUCUUCAGAGACUUCAUGAAUAAAUACAGCGACCUUGCCUCCGACCUCAGGAUCAUGUGCGCUCUGGAUCGCCAGGACACGAAGGAUUGGAUCAAGGAGCGAGUUGGGCAGAUCAAGGAGUACCAUCACCUGCAUCAGGCUGUUAACUCAGCCAAGGUCAUCUUGGAGGUUAAGGAGAAUUUGGGCCUGACGGGUGACUUCGGUGUUCUCUGCACUUUGUUGAACUUUACUGAUGGCUUUGAGGACUUUCGCCAUGAAAAACUGGACCAGAUCAGCCAGCAGCUUAUUCGUGCCAAAAAGCUGCUGGAGGACCUCAGUGAGAGCCGGUGCCAAUGUCUGAGGGAGCUGUGCCUGAGUAAGGAGUUGAUUUCCUGGGUCCAGGAGGCUCUUGGAGGCAUCAACGAGCUGAAGGUGUUUGUGGACCUGGCUUCCAUCUCGGCGGGUGAGAAUGACAUCGACGUGGACCGGGUGGCCUGCUUCCAUGACGCCGUGCAGGGCUACGCUCCUCUGCUGUAUAAGCUGGACACGAGUGCAGGUUUCGACGAGUUCAUGGAACAGGUGAAAGAACUGUGGAAGGCUCUGGAAAAUGACCAACACCUGCCCAGUAAACUGCGUGACUCUGCCAGGAACUUGGAGUGGCUGCAAACAGUGAGGGAAAGUCACGGGUCUGUCGAACUCUCAUCCUUGUCGCUGGCAACAGCAAUCAACAGCAGAGGCAUCUAUGUGAUCGAGGCACCCAGAGAUGGCCAGAAGAUUUCCCCAGACACGGUUCUGCGUUUAAUCCUCCCUGAGAGCCACGGGGACCAUCAGGACCUGCGAGACUACUCUUUAGAAGAGCUGAAGGAGCUUUUGAACAAAUUGAUGCUGAUGUCUGGCAAGAAAGAUCACAAAAACACUGAAGUAGAGCUGUUUUCUGAGGUGUUUUCCAACGUGCAGAGGCUCGUCCAGUCCUUUAUAAACCUUUACUCUGCUGGAAACAUGCUGUUCAGGGCUUGGGUGGCUGAGGUGUACUGCGCCCCCCGGAAGGGCGUGUCCAUCCGGAUGGACUUCCGCCUGGGGCUGGUGAGCCUGCUGACGGGCCGCGGGCCGGUGGCCAAGCUGCUGGAGGCCCUCUGCAGGCAGAUGGAGCACUUCCUGGAUUGCUGGAAGGGGUUCGUGGCGCAGAAGCGAGCUGAGCACUUCUACCUCAACUACUACACGGACGAGCAGCUGGUUCACCUGAGCACAGAGCUCAAGAGAGAGAAGCCCAGGGAUGCCACCCUCACCAUGCUGUCCUUCAUCAAAAGCAACUGCAGCCCAAGGGACAUCCUCCGGGCCUGCAGCGGGCCCGAUGGCAGGGCCACCAGUCACCAGGGGAGCGCGGUGAUUGAAGAAUUGCGAUUGACGCUCUCCUCUAAGUUGGGCCUGCUGGACAAGCUGAGGGUCAUCAUGGAACAGUCGAUGACAUGCAUGAGUGUCUUCCUGCCUCACUGCCUGGACCUGGAGGCCCUUGGCCACUGUCUGGCCCACCUAGCGAGGAUGGGUGGGCCUCCCGUGGAGCGGCAGCUCCCAAAAGGCCUGCAGGUCGGCCAGCCCAACCUUGUCGUCUGUGGCCACUCUGAGGUGCUGCCGGCCGCCCUGGCCAUCUACAUGCAGACCCCAAGCCAGCCCCUGCCCAGCUAUGACGAGGUGCUGCUCUGCACCCCGGAAACCACGUUUGAGGAGGUGGCGCUGCUCCUGCGCCGCUGCCUGACCCUGGGCUCCUGGGGGCACAGGGUGUACAGCCUGCUGUACGCAGACCAGUUGAGCUACGAUGUGGCCUGCCAGGCGGAGGUGCUCUUCCAGAGCCUGCGCACGCAGCGCCCCCGGGAGGACUACCAGCUCGUGAUGGUCUGUGACUGCGAGCGGGAGCACUGCUACCUCCCCUCGGCCUUCAGCCAGCACAAAGUCCUCUUCACUCCCCAGGCGCCCCUGGAGGCCAUCCAGGCCUACCUGGCACGUCAUUACCGGGUCCCAGAGCAGAUCCCUUCGGCGGCCGCCGUGUUCAGGGACCGGAUGUGUGUUGGGAUCGUGGCCUCGGAGAGAGCGGGUGUUGGAAAGUCUCUCUAUGUGAAGAGGUUGCAUGACAAACUGAAAAUGAAGUUUCUUGGAAAAAAAGUGCCUCUAAAGGUCAUUCGAUUGAUCGACCCUCAGGUGGACGAGAAUCAAGUCCUGGGCUCCCUCUUGCCUUUCCUGGACGCCCAGUAUUGGACGAGACCCAUGAUAUUCCACUUCGAUGUGACCUCUUCUGUGCAGACUGGAGUGUGGGUGUUUCUUUUCAAACUCCUCAUCCUACAGUACUUAAUGGAUAUCAAUGGGAAAAUGUGGCGUCGGAACCCGUGCCAUUUGUAUGUCGUUGAAGUCUUGGAAGGGAAUCCAGCACCGCCAAAGAGGCCUUCGAAACUGAACACACGUGCCCCUCAGAUCAAGUUUCUUGACAUCUUCCCAAAAGUCACCUGCCUGCCUCCCAAGGAAGUGAUAGGCAUGGAGCUGAAUCCUGAGCGGAGCUACAGAGAGCCGGGAAUGGACCACAGGGAGUUCUGCAGCGAAACUUUCCAGAGACCUUACCAAUAUUUAAAACGGUUCCAUCAGAAACAAAACCUUGACACGUUCCAAUACCAAGAAGGCUGCAUUGAAGGCACCCCUGAGGAGUGCAUCCAGCACCUCCUGUUUUACUGUGGCGUGAUCGACCCGUCCUGGGCAGAGCUCCGGAACUUCGCCCGGUUCCUGAAUUAUCAGCUCAGAGAUUGUGAGGCGUCUCUCUUCUGUGAUCUGAGUGUCACUGGAGACACACUGAGGGGCUUCAAGAAGUUUGUGGUUACCUUCAUGAUCUUCAUGGCAAGAGAUUUUGCCACACCAACACUUCACACAUCGGACCAAAGCCCAGGGAAGCACAUGGUCACCAUGGAGGGGGUCAAGGAAGAAGAUCUAGCCCCUUUUUCUCUCCGAAAGAAGUGGGAAUCAGAGCCCCACCCAUACGUGUUCUUCAACAGUGAUCACACGUCCAUGACAUUCAUAGGUUUCCACUUCCAGGACAACCAGAAUGGCAGUGUGGACGCCGUCGAUCGCCUGAGUAGGAAGGUGAUCAAGAAGGACGUCAUGGCAAUGGGACUGUACCGGGGGCUGUUGCUUCAGAGGGUGCCCUUCAAUGUUGACUUUGAUGUGCUGCCCAGACAUGAGAAACUUGAAAAACUCUGCCUGGCAUUAGGGAUCCAGUGGCCCAUUGACCCUGAUGAAACAUACGAACUUACAACAGACAAUAUGCUUAAGAUCCUUGCCAUUGAGAUGCGGUUCCGGUGCGGGAUCCCUGUUAUCAUCAUGGGAGAAACUGGCUGUGGGAAAACCAGACUCAUUAAAUUCCUUAGCGACCUGCGGCGUGGGGGUGCUGAUGCUGAAACCUUGAAGUUGGUCAAGGUCCAUGGGGGAACAACGGCAGACAUGAUCUACUCCAAAGUCAGGGAGGCGGAACAACUUGCCCUCCUCAAUAAGGACCAACAUCAGUUGGAUACUAUCUUGUUCUUCGAUGAAGCUAACACAACAGAAGCUAUAAGCUGUAUCAAAGAAGUCCUCUGUGAUCGUACUGUGGGCGGCGAGCCCCUGGCUAAGGACUCUGGUUUGCAUAUCAUAGCAGCCUGCAACCCUUACCGGAAGCACACCCAGGAGAUGAUCUCCCGCCUGGAGUCAGCUGGUUUGGGCUACAGGGUUAGUGCAGAGGAGACGGCAGACAGGCUUGGCUCCAUUCCCCUGAGGCAGUUGGUAUACCGAGUCCACGCUCUGCCACCGAGCCUGAUUCCUCUGGUGUGGGAUUUUGGACAGCUGAAUGACACCGCAGAAAAGCUCUACAUCCAGCAAAUUGUCCAGAGACUGGUGGACUCCACUGCAGUGGGUCCAAACGAGACGCGUGUGAUCGCAGAAGUGCUCUCUGCCUCUCAGGGUUUCAUGAGGAAAAGAAACAAUGAGUGCAGUUUUGUGAGCCUCCGGGAUGUGGAGCGCUGCGUCAGAGUUUUCAGAUGGUUUUAUGACCACAGUGAGAUGCUCUUGUCAAAGCUGGAUUCCCUUUUCUGCGAAUCCAAUGUCAGCAGAAACGACUUUGAGAGAGAUCCUGUGCUCUGGUCCCUGGUGCUGGCCAUCGGGGUAUGCUAUCACGCCUCUUUAGAAGAGAAGGAAUUGUAUCGGAGAGCCAUUUCCAGGUCCUUUCCAGAACCAUAUAAUGACAGCAAGGUUAUUCUGGACGAGAUAACGCGAACACAGGAUCUUUUUCUGAAUGGUGUGUCUCUGAGGAAAACCAUCGCCAAGAACUUGGCUUUGAAGGAGAAUGUCUUCAUGAUGGUUAUCUGCAUUGAGCUUAAGAUUCCUCUCUUCCUGGUGGGGAAGCCCGGCAGCUCCAAAUCUCUCGCCAAGACCAUUGUGGCAGAUGCCAUGCAAGGCCAGGCUGCUCCCUCAGACCUCUUCCGGAGCCUGAAGCAGGUCCACCUGGUGUCCUUCCAGUGCAGCCCACAUUCCACCCCACAAGGCAUCAUAGGCACCUUUAAGCAGUGUGCUCGCUUCCAGCAGGGGAAGGACCUGCAGCAGUACGUCUCCGUGGUGGUGCUGGAUGAGGUGGGGCUGGCGGAAGACUCGCCCAAAAUGCCCCUGAAGGCUCUGCACCCACUGCUGGAAGACGGGUGCAUUGAAGACGAUCCUGCCCCCCACAAAAAAGUUGGCUUCAUAGGCAUUUCCAACUGGGCCCUGGACCCUGCCAAGAUGAACCGGGGUAUUUUUGUGUCACGUGGCAGCCCCAACAAGAAAGAGCUCAUAGAGAGCGCCAAGGGAAUUUGCUCUUCAGAGCCCCUCGUUCGAGAAAGAAUCCAAGGAUACUUUGAGUCCUUUGCCAAAGCCUAUGAAACAGUGUGUCGGAACCAAGACAAGGAAUUCUUUGGGCUCCGUGACUACUACAGCCUCAUCAAAAUGGUCUUUGCUGCUGCCAAACGUUCUAACAAAAAGCCUUCCCCACAAGAUAUCGCACAGGCCGUCCUUCGGAACUUCAGUGGCAAAGAUGACAUCCAUGCUGUGGACAUUUUUACAGCCAAUUUACCUGAGGCAAAGUGCUCAAAAGAAGUCAGCACCAUGGAGCUGAUCAAGCAAAACAUGUACGGUGAUCUUACGAAGGAGCCGGGCAGAGAGCUGGAUGACACCGAGUCCCGGUAUUUACUGGUGCUGACCAGAAACUACGUGGCCCUGCAGAUCCUGCAGCAGACGUUCUUCAGCCAGGACCAGCAGCCAGAGAUUAUUUUUGGUUCCAGUUUCCCCAAGGAUCAAGAGUACACUCAGAUCUGCAGAAAUAUCAACCGCGUGAAAAUCUGCAUGGAGACCGGCAAGAUGGUGAUGCUGCUCAACCUGCAGAACCUCUACGAGAGCCUGUACGACGCGCUCAAUCAGUACUACGUCUACCUCGGGGGCCAGAAGUACGUGGACCUGGGCCUGGGCACCCAUAGGGUCAAAUGUCGGGUUCACCCGGACUUCCGCUUGAUAGUCAUUGAAGAGAAGGACGUCGUCUACAGACAUUUUCCCAUCCCACUUAUUAACCGGCUGGAGAAGCACUAUCUGGAUAUCAACACCGUUUUGGAGAAGUGGCAGAAGAAUAUUGUGGAAGAUCUCAAGGUCUGGGUGGAAAAAUUUAUAGAUAUGAAAACAGACCCGUUUCUAGCCAGACACCAAUACAGCCCUUCUGACGUCUUCAUUGGCUACCACUCAGACACUUGUGCCUCUGUGGUGCUCCAGGUCAUAGAGAGGCUGGGUCACGGGGCCCCGACUAAUGAAUUCUACCGGAAGGUAUCUGACGAGGCCAAACUGACACUGCUGAACUGUGCCACGCCUGACGCCGUGGUCCGGCUGAGGGCUUCCUCGUUGGGCUUGUCCACUGCACUCUCUCUGUCACGAGAAUACUAUGCCAAGCAGCAGCAUAACUCCUUUGCAGACUUCCUUGAGGCUCACCUUCACACGAUGGAUCCGGGACGCCAUGCCGUCUUCACAGAGAUCACCACUUUCUCCAGACUGCUAACCAGUCAUGACUGCGAAAUUCUAGAGUCAGAAGUGGAGGGCAGAGCUCUGAAACCCACAAUCCUGUCACUGCAGCAGUUUGACACCGAGUACUCCUUCCUCAAGGAAGUCCGAAACUGCUUAAAAAACAAAGCCAAAUGUAAAAUCCUCAUUAUUCAAACAGAUUUUGAAGAUGGAGUUCAUAGCGCUCAGCUCAUCGCCUCAGCUAAGUAUUCUGCUAUGAAUGAAAUCAACAAGAUAGAAGGAAAUGAGGGCUGUAUCUUAGUCUAUUUCAUCACGAAACUGUCCCGGAUGGGAAGUGGAACAUCCUAUGUCGGAUUCCAUGGAGGGCUGUGGCAGUCCGUGCACAUCGACGACCUCCGAAGGUCCGCGCUCAUGGUUUCCGAUGUGACUAAGCUGCAGGGUGCGGCCAUCAGCCAGCUCUUCAGGCCGGAAGGUGGGCCUGAGGCGGAGAUGGAACACAGUGCCGGAGCCCAGUGUGAGGAGCCGAUGGAAACAGGGACUGAAACAUCAGGGGAAGUGACUGAGGUGGAAAUGGAAACGGAAAGUGAGACCUCUGAGCUGGAGAGAAGCAAUACGCAGGUCCUGGACACCACCAGCCUGCUGAGGAGCUGCAUACAGAGUGCUGUGGGCAUGCUCCGAGACCAGAAUGAGUGCUCCCAGCGCAGCGUGAGGAGGGUGGAGAUUCUCCUCAGCCUCUUGAACGAAGACGACAGAUGCAGAGCCGCUUUCUUACGGGUAGCCAAGAUGCGCCUCUAUGUCCUUUUGAAGAAGCAAGAAGAGAACUACCUCCACAAUAUGAAGGAAUGGGUAGAGAGGGAAGCUUCGAAUCAGGACGCUCUCCAGGAGGCAGGCACAUUCAGGCAUACCCUCUGGAAGCGGGUCCAGGGCACGGUGACUCCUCUCCUGGCGAGCAUGAUAUCCUUCAUCGACAGAGACGGCAACCUUGAGCUACUGACCAGGCCAGAUGCUCCAUCCUGGGCAAGAGAUCUUUGGAUGUUUAUUUUCAGUGACAUUAAGCUUCUGAACAUUCCUCUUGUGACAAAUGAUACAAGAUCUAAAAGUGAGAUGUCCUACAUCAUGGUGCAGAACUAUAUGAACCUUGCAGAGGGCUUCUACAAUGACGUCCCAUUUAGCUGGCGAAUCAAAGACUAUCUGGAAGAGCUGUGGGUCCAGGCUCAGUACAUCACAGGAGCUGAAGAGUCGUCAGAGAAGCUGGUGGAAAUCUUCCAGCAGACUCCUCUGGGCAGGUUCCUUGCUCAGCUCCGUGCCGAGCAGCAGCAAGAACUCCUUCAGUGCUACCUGCAGGACUUCCUUCUCCUGACCAUGAGAGUAUCCACUUGGGAGGAAUUAAAGGCCCUGCGGGCAGCCCUGUUGUCCUGCAUCCGUCAGCUGACGGCGGCGGGGCCGGAGGAGCAGAUUUCCUUACCGUGGGUGCACCUGGCCUCCCAGCACUUCAGGAGCCGGCUGCAGAACUUCUCCAGAAUCCUGACUAUCCACCCCCAAAUUCUAAGCAGGCUGAUGGAAGCUCCGUGGAACCACGGCUUGGCUAGAUGUGAGAUGACUCUGGAUGCAUUUGCAGCAAUGGCCUGUGCUGAAAUUCUGACCAGGGACAUCCUGAAGCCCAGUCCCCAGGCGUGGUUACAGAUAGUGAAGAAUCUGUGCAUGCCGCUGGAGCUCCUCUGCUCAGAUGGGUACCUGCAAGGCAGUGGGAGCGUGAGCAAAGGUGUCAUCAGGGAAGUCAGAACCCACUGGAAUCGCAUUUUUUCAAUCGCACUCUUUGUGGAGCAUGUGCUGCUGGGGACUAAGAGCCAGAUUCCUGAGCUGGGCGGGCUGGUGACGGAGUACGUCUUCCUACUCAACAAGUGUCUGCAAGAGAACUCUGACAUCAAGACCCGCAGGCCCUUCCUCGCUGUGGUGACUGUCCUUCGGGAGUGUAAGGACAAGGCCAGCAAGACCCUCACCAGGUUUGGGGUUCAGCCGUGCCCCAUCUGCCUGGGAGAUGCACAGGAUCCUGUCUGCCUGCCCUGUGACCACAUAUAUUGCCUGGGUUGCAUCAAAACCUGGCUCGUCAUAGGGCAGAUGAGUUGCCCCUUGUGUUUAACCGAGUUGCCACAUGGCUUCUCUCCGACGGUUUCCCAAGAGUACAGGGAUGCCAUCGGGAAACACGCCUGCUUCCGGCAGAUGUGCAACAGUUUCUUCAUAGACCUGGUCUCCACCCUGUGCUUCAAGGACAACUCUCCGCCCCAGAAGGAUGUGAUCGAGGCUCUGCUGUCUUUACUCUUUGUACAGAAGGAGCUCUUAAGAGAUGCUCCCCAAAGACACCGUGAACACACAAAAUCUCUGUCUCCGUUUGAUGAUGUUGUGGAUAAGACCCCUGUCAUUCGCUCGGUGCUUCUCAAACUGCUUCUGAAGCACAGCUUCCAUGAAGUAAAAAGUUAUAUUCAGGAUUACUUGUCCCUGUUAGAAAAGAAACCGUUUAUAACUGAAGAUAAAACUGAGCUGUACCUGCUCUUCAGUAACUGCCUGGAGGAUUCAAUACAUGAGAGGAAUAGUGCUUUCUCCGUAAGUGAGGAAUCGAAAUACCUAAGAGAAGAAGGCCAUUUCCUCGAGACUUACUUGGCAGGGAGACGCGGCCGAAAACCUGCUAAGGAGGCUUCAGUUGAAUACCUGCAGGAGAUGGCCAGGAUCCGCCUCUGUCUUGACAGGGCGUCUGACUUCCUCUCUGAGCUUCAGGAAGGAUCAGAGAUGGCUGAGGAGAAGCGACGCUAUCUGCGGCAGGUCGAACGCUUCUGUACCCAGGUGAAGAAUGACUGGUACCGCGUGUACCUGGUGAGGAAGCUCACCAGCCAACAAGGCAUGGAGUUUGUGCAGAGCCUCUCCAAACAGGGCCAUCCAGCCCAGUGGGUAUUUCCCGAGGAAGUCAUCUCACAGCAGAAGGAUCAUCCAGGCCAGAUGGAUCGAUACCUGGUGCAUGGUGAGGAAUAUAAGGCUGUUCGCGAUGCCAUGGGCAAAACCAUCCUCGAGUGCAAGCCCCUGGCUGUUGUGACUGCUCUGAAGGCCUGCAGGAACUCUGAAACUCAACAGGCAGUUCACUUACUCUUAGCCCUUUAUAGAGAGGUCACUAUUUUGUACAGGUCCCAGAAUGCAAACCUCCAUCCUAAGCCAGAGCAAUGUGAGGCUGUGAACAAGUUCAUCGAGGGAAGCAAGAUCCUCUCUCCUCCUCAUGUCAGACAUUUUGCAACAUCCCUGGUGACCAAUACUCUUCCACUCCUGAGGAUGGGUUCCAGGGACGGCGGCCUUGAAGGGACAGUGACAGAAAUAGCUAUUCAUGCUGCAACCGUCCUUCUCUGUGGACAAAACAAAGUCUUGGAACCCCUAAAGAAUUUGGCCUUCUCCCCAGCCAACAUGGCGAAUGCUUUUCUUCCAACAAUGCCUGAAGACUUGCUGGCUCAAGCUAGGGGUUGGAGGGGUCUGGAAGGUGUCCGCUGGUACACGUGUCCCAACGGUCACCCGUGCUCUGUAGGAGAGUGUGGCAUGCCAAUGGAACAGAGCUCCUGUGUUGACUGUGGUGCUCCAAUUGGAGGGGUUAAUCACAGACCAAAGGAUGGAUUCCAAAUGAUCCAAAACAGCAUAGACAGAACUCAGACUGGCCACGUGCUGGGAAACCCACCACCCAGAGGCGAGGCGGUGGUAUCUGACCGAGAGCUUUCUCCAGUGGCCUUCCUUCUCAUCCGGUUACUCACUCAUUUGGCUCUGCUUUUGGGAGCUGCCCAGAGUCCUCAGGCUCUGAGCAACAUCAUUAAGCCUGCAGUGAUGGAUCCCAGAGGGUUUCUGUGGCAGCAUGUCGAGAGAGACCUGGAGCAGCUAACCAAGACACUGGGGAGGAGCGCCGACGAGACGGCCAGUGUGGUGCACCUGGUCCUGUGCAGCCUUCUCAGGGAGCAGCGCCCCCUCUCCUGCCGGAGACCCUUAAAUUUUGAUGCAGAAUUGUCAACCAAAGAAAAGAGAAACAACUGGGAAAAGCUUGUUGAGGCUCUUAUUUUACCUGAACUAGAGCAUCUGGAUAAAACCCUCCUGACUGUGAAUACACUAAUCAGCCAAGAUGAGCGGAUCAGCUCCAACCCUGUGGCCAAAAUUAUAUACAGUGACCCGGUGGCCUUCCUGCCCCACCUGCCCCAGAAUAGCAUGGUUCACUGCUCCAAGAUGUGGAGCUGCAGGAAAAGAGUCAGCGUUGAGUACCUCCAGCACAUCGUGGAGCAGAAAAACGGCAAAGAAACAGUGCCCAUCCUCUGGAAGUUCCUCCAGAAGGAAGCAGAACUGAGACUGGUGAAAUUCUUGCCUGAGAUCUUGGCGCUGCAAAGAGAUCUAGUGAAACGAUUCCAGAAUGUUUCCGAAGUUGAAUACAACUCCAUCCGAGGUUUUAUUGGAAGUCACGAUGCAGAUGGGUUGAAGCAGUUAUUCCAGAACAGAAUCACUGUCUUUCUGUCCACAUGGAACAAGCUCAGGAGGUCACUUGAGACCAAUGGUGAAAUCAAGCUCCCUAAAGCCUCCUGCAGCACUGACCUAGAUCUGGACACCGAUUUCGAGGUCAUUCUGCCGCGUCGCCGGGGCCAGGGCCUCUGUUCCACCGCCUUAGUCAGCUACUUGAUUAACCUGCACAAUGAAAUUGUCUACACAGUGGAGAAGUUCUCCAAGGAAGACAACAGCUAUUCCGUUGAUGCCUCUGAGGUCACUGACCUGCAUGUCAUCAGUUACGAAGUGGAGCGAGACCUGACUCCGCUGAUUCUCUCCAGCUGCCAGUAUACUGUGGAGCAGGGCGGAGAGACCUUGCAGGAGUUCGACCUGGAGAAGAUCCAGCGCCAGAUCACCAGUCGGUUCCUCCAGGGCAAACCCAGGCUGACUCUCAAGGGAAUACCCACUCUGGUAUACAGACGUGACUGGAACUACGAACAUCUCUUUAUGGGCAUCAGGAACAAAAUGCCACAGAACCCCCUCCCCAACUCGGCCGUCAGCGCCAUCACUGGACAGCUGCAGUCCUACAGCAAUGCCUGUGAAGCUCUGUCUGUUAUAGAAGUCACUUUGAGGUUUCUGAGCACGGCUGGCGGGGAUCCGAACAUGUCCCUGAAUGUGUAUAUCCAAGACAUGCUGCGAAUGAGUGAGCAGACAGCGGUGGCUCUACAGGACUUACACAGAUGUCAGUUAAGACACAUCAUCGCCCUCUGGCAGCUCCUCUCUGCUCACAAGUCUGAACAGCUGCUGCACCUGAAGAAAGAGCCAUUUGGGGAAAUCAGUUCAAAGUACAAAGUCGAUCUCAGCCCAGGGGAUGCUAAGCUCCUCAGCACUUUCCUGAAUCAGAUCAGCCUAGAUGCCUUUCUCCUAGAGCUUCAUGAAAUGAUAAUCUUGAAACUGAAGAACCCCCACACCGAGCAGGAUUUUAACCCCGACUGGAGCCUGAGAGACACUCUAGUAAGUUACAUGGAAACGAAAGAGAAUGAAAUUCUUCCCGAAAUGGAAUUUCAGAUCCCAGAAAACAUACUGCUCUCCAAUUGUGUCUCUGUGUGGAAAAUGGCUGCUGAGCUCAAACGGGCUCGACAAAUGAGAUAGAAUAAUUUCCUCAGCACUGUCUCUGCCUAAGACAGGGAGAGAAGGCUGUUCCCGCCUCACUCAGGGGAUGGGCUCCAUCACGGACUGUCGCUUUCGUGAGUGCUGAGAAGGAAAGCUGUUGGCACAGCACUGAAUUCGAGACCGAGACGUGCUGUACCGGCUGACGACGUUUUGAGAGCCAAGCCGUUUCAGGAGCAUGUGUAUAUUGCAGAACUGUCUCGUCAUGUUAUGAAUACUGUUCAUUAGGUGGCGAGAAGUGAAGAGUACAUGAAGUUGGAAUAAACCACCAUCCUUUACAUUCCAGGGGAGACCAAAAAAGUAGCUGCUUGGCUUCACAUACAGGAGCGGUCUGUGGCACAGGCUCCCAGCCUCUUAACUUCCAGGGCCCUUUUCCUCUCACUACUACACAGAGGGAGGGAAAUGCAGUUAUUAAUUUUUGCUUCUACUUUUUUUUUUCUCAUUUAUAUUCUGCACUCACAGAGCAGAGUCUGGCUUUCUUCUUUCUUCCAUUCCUUUCAAUUCUGAGUAUUGGACAAAUAUUUUUAGGUUCCCAAGAUGUGAAAAAACGCCAGACUCCUUUUUUGUCUUCUCACAAAUACAAGUCCGGGCAUUCUCUGAGUGCCUAGAGGCCAAACAAGACCUCACCCAGGCCCCCUAAUGAGUCACUGCCAAAUUUCUAGGGUCAGAGCCAAAAAGCUGUCAUUGUGAAGAGCACUAGACUAAGAGCCAGGGACACUUUGGGGUCUUAGUUACCUCAUCUAGAUAACGAAGGGACUGGAUUGAUGGCCAAAUUUCCUUCCUAUUCUAGUAGAUUCUAAAUGAAAGUUCAUCAGUGUAAACUUGGAUCAAAGGCCUGGUUCUAGCAUUCCUGUGGGCAGUUUUUGACUGUCUAGCAUUCUGCCAAAUAAACAUAUGGUCUUAGUGUGACCUUGAUUUUCCUGUGUAUGACUAUCUGGUCCUUUCUCUGGGUCUCAGCCCUGGCAUAAAAACAGACUCAGAGAGAAUAUAAAACCAGUUGAGUUUCUGAAAAAGGAAAAAUAGUCGACCAGCCGUGACCAUGAGCUGACUUUCCCACUGUGGGCAUUGUGUCAUUUUUUCCCAAACCUACUUGGAUACUUGUGACCUCUCUGGACUUAUUCCUAUUCCUAGGUAUCUCAACACCCAUUAGCACUGAGACAGCGAUUGUUUACAAGUCAGAGGCAAACGUCUUGAACAUACAUUCCAAAUGAGUUAAUGACUCAGUCAACUUGAAAUUGGGCCCGUGGGGUGCGAGCCACAAAAACAGACCAUGCUUGCCAAGAGCCCCGAGGACACCGUGGCACCGCUGGAGGGAGCUGCAGAAGGGACUGCAGCCCCUUUCACUGUUGCUUUUCUAUCUAUGUUUGCUGGAGGGGAAUACAGUGAUCCAGAACCCGCAGGGACUCGCUCGAUACGGUAGCCCCUUGCACUGGUAACCCAUGAUUGUCUGGUCAUUCUGGACUACGCAAAGGCGCUCCCCCCAACAUCAGCAUCCUGGAUUGCCUGUUCAACGGAUGUGGGGGUGGGGAGUUGCUUGUUCAACUCUUCAACUUGCACUUGUAACUCCUUCGAUACCUCAGAGUGGGGGCAGAGCUGGCCUGGCCAGCAGGUGCUGCUCUGGUCCCUCGCUGUGCCACACCUUAGCAGGUGGGGGUCAGGUGUCAAGCUCUUGCUGUGAAUACUUUUUUUUUUUUGGCUGGGAUUUUUCCCCCCACUUUUAUGAAGGUUUUUUUAAUUAAGAUAUUUUGUUUUAUAUGCUACGCUUUCAAAGCCUUAAUUGUCAUUAUCUGGCAUCAUCUUGUUUGUACAAAAUCACCCUGGCCUAGCGCAAGCAAAUGUAAAUUUUAUUAUACUUGUCAGUCCUGUUUUAAUAAACUUGAGUUUUGCUGCUAAGAAUCCUUCUCUUUGGGGGCAGAACUUCUAUGUAUGGCAAAAAGAAUCAACUAGGGUUUUGAGACUGGUUUUGUUUGUUUGUGGAAAUGUUCUGUAGAACCAUAAAGUAGAAGGUUCCAGAGAGAAAACAUACACUCAGGUUUCGAACGUGAGGGCAAACUUCUGGAUGAAAUGGCAGAAGACUGAGAUACAUGGGGAGUCCCCCACCACUCCCCAGUCGCCGGUCUUGGAGGGCUCAGAGGGGCGUCCACCCUUCCUGCCUGAAGUGGCCUCCCUGGAAGACAGCAGGGCCCAGACAGCAAUGAGCAGGAGCAACCCUCUGUCAGUGGGUGGGGAAACGGCUCCUCGGUAAAAGGAAGCAAAGACAUGGGCGAGAAAUAAUAUGCUUCCAGUAGCCCACUUACGUUCAAGUGGCAAAAUACCACUUUUGGGGAAAAUUGCGUUUUCCUUUCCAAAAAGAAAGGCUCCUGCGGGAGAGAAGCUGUGGUGCGGAACUACAGCUGGAAGAGAGGUACUGGCUUACAAAGGGGGACCUGCACUCCGCGGCCAGACUCUCCUUCCGCCUCAGUUUCUCUUUCAAGCACCAAUCCCAUUUCGUCAGUAUCUCAUCACCAAUCCUAACCUUCCCCUCCCCACGUCCUCCUCCUCAGUCUCGGUUCCAUUCAGUCAUUCGUCUGGACAGUCCCCAUUGCACAGGUCUUCCUGCUUUCAGCCCAGGCAGAAACAGUCACUAUGUUGGCGGUGACUUACCUGAAAAUGUUCACAACUGAGCACCGUCUCCUCUUUAAGACCUUACUGAGUGUGUAACUUACUUACCUUCGUUAAUAGCUAUAGGGUUUGUUAACUGAGACAGUCAUGAGCUAUUUCUAUUAUUCCUACAGGCAGUUCCAACCUAGAAACAAACGUGCAGUGGUAAACAAUCAUUGUGAAGAAAACAUCAGGUCCGGGGCCGGCCUGGUGGUGCAGCGGUUAAGUUCACACACUCUGUUCGGCGGCCCAGGGUUCACAGGUUUGGACCC